GUCCCGGCUCCUCCCGCCUGCAGCCGCAGUGACAGGCGAGCCGGGCCCGGUGGCGGAAAGAAAGUGCGGGGCCGCCGCGCCGAGCCUGUCCCCGCCGAGGCCGGCUUCCCCGGGCGGCUCGGGUGACAGUGUCGCGGCCGCCGGGCGCAGGGCGGGGCACGCGCCGGGCACAGCCGAGCGGCAGGCGGACGCUUCAGAGAGACGUGGGGAAAAUGGCUGAUGACUUUGGCUUCUUCUCGUCGACGGAGAGCGGGGCCCCCGAGGCGCCCGAGGAGGACCCGGCGGCUGCCUUCCUGGCCCAGCAGGAGAGUGAAAUCGCGGGCAUAGAGAAUGACGAGGGCUUCGGGGCACCUGCUGGCAGCCAGGCGGCCCUCACGCAGCCGGGACCCGCGAAUGGGGCGGGUUCUGAGGACAUGGGGACCACAGUCAAUGGAGAUGUGUAUCAGGAGGCUAACGGUCCAGCUGAUGGCUAUGCUGCAAUUGCCCAGGUCGACAGGCUGACGCAGGAACCCGAGAGCAUCCGCAAAUGGAGAGAGGAGCAGCGGAAACGGCUGCAAGAGCUGGAUGCUGCCUCCAAAGUGAUGGAACAGGAGUGGCGGGAGAAGGCCAAGAAGGACCUGGAGGAAUGGAACCAGCGCCAGAGUGAACAAGUUGAGAAGAACAAGAUCAACAACCGGGCAUCUGAGGAGGCUUUUGUGAAGGAAUCCAAGGAGGACACCCCAGGCACAGAGUGGGAGAAGGUGGCCCAGCUGUGUGACUUCAACCCCAAGAGCAGCAAGCAGUGCAAAGACGUGUCCCGCCUGCGCUCGGUGCUCAUGUCCCUGAAGCAGACGCCGCUGUCCCGCUAGGAGCCUGCCACCAACAUGGCCGCCAUACAGGGGCCGGGCCGGGCAGAGGAGGAGCAGCUGCUUUGGCCAGGGGGGAAAUGCCUCCAGCAGCUGCUACACAGCCUAUUCCGUUCCUCGCCAUCUCCCGGGGCCGGGAAGGGGAACCCUCACCCCUCUCAACUGUCAUUCCCUCACGGCCCUACGGCCCAGCCCCUCACAUCUCCUCUCAGUCCACAAAAUUGUGACUGUCCCUCCUGAUGUAUUUUUUUUUCUUGGCUUAAAGGGUGUGUUGUUAACUCUU